UUUGUUGCUAUCAAGAUACUCACUGGUGCAGCAACUGUUGUGGCCCGGCCACAACAUGCUUGGGAGCUUCAGACCUUGUAUCGGAUCUUGUCCCCACCAAAUGCCCACUGUCUUCGAAUCCUGUCUCACUUCACACUUCCUGGCAAAGGCAGUUCAGGGGAUCACAUCUGCUUAGUUACACAGAUCCUAGGCGGAAGUUUGAUUGGACUGUUCAGAGCUUACAAUGGCCCAACCCUCCCUCUCCCCCUUACCAAACGCAUUCUUCUACACACACUACGUGGAGUUGCUCAUGCACAUAGCCGUGGUGUGGUCCACACUGAUUUAUCCUUUGAGGCCAUCUUUUUGGAUAAUUGCAUGUCCAAUUCUGAUAUCGAUGACCUACUCGAGUCUGACCCAUCUCGCCGAUAUCCUCCAGAGGAAUCUUAUGAUGGAAGAAUGCAGGCUGCAGUGUCACAGCCACUUCCAGUACCUACUCUGCAGGAGGCAAUGCAGAGGACAUUCAUCUUGGCAAAUUCCGCCGUUGUAACCCUCCCUAUUGGUGCAAGCAUUGAUGAGAUCCAUUCAUGGGAUAAUCUUCGCCCGCCUGAAAAUUUCAUAAGAGGACCCUGGGACAAACCUGUGGACAUAUGGUCAUUUGGAUGUUUGAUCUUCGAACUUGUCACUGAUCUACCUUUAUUUAAUUUCGAACCCUGGCCACCCCUCAACCUCGAUGAGCCAAAUUAUAUCUUAUGGCAGAUGAUGUCUUACACAGGCGAAAGGUUUCUCCCAGAGCAACUUAAUGAUAGCCAACGAGCUAUUGUGUUUUUUGAUGGCGAGACAUGUCGUUUCCGACGUUCAGAUCCACCACUCUGCCAGGAUUACAUUGAGCGGUGCAUUAGACGCUGCAAAAAUGUAGUAGAGGAGGAAGACAUCAUAUCUACAGCAGCUAUGAUACGGUGGUGUUUGCGUCUGGAUCCCGCAAAUAGGCCCAGUGCUGCAGAAUUGCUCACUGAUCCGUGGUUUGCAGGGGUCGACCCUGUUUAA